AUGGCUGAGUAUUUAGCCGCUAUAUUUGGUACAGAAAAGGACAAGGUAAAUUGCUCCUUUUAUUUUAAGAUAGGAGCAUGUCGACACGGUGAUCGUUGUUCCCGUAUACACAACAAACCAACAUUUUCACAAACAGUGUUAUUACAAAAUUUGUAUGUGAAUCCACAAAAUUCUGCAAAAUCGGCUGAUGGGAGUCAUUUGGUUGUGGCAAACGUCUCUGAUGAAGAGAUGCAGGAGCAUUAUGAUAACUUCUUUGAAGAUGUUUUUGUUGAGUGUGAAGAUAAAUAUGGAGUCAUAGAGGAAAUGAAUGUAUGUGACAAUUUAGGAGAUCACUUGGUGGGGAAUGUGUACAUUAAGUUUCGCCGUGAGGAAGAUGCAGAGAAAGCUGUCAGUGACCUUAACAACCGUUGGUUUGGAGGGCGGCCAGUAUAUGCUGAAUUGUCUCCCGUGACGGAUUUUCGUGAGGCUUGUUGCCGCCAAUACGAGAUGGGAGAAUGUACAAGAAGUGGUUUUUGCAACUUCAUGCACCUCAAACCUAUCUCAAGGGAAUUAAGAAGGUACCUAUAUUCGCGCGGCAAGAGCGGCCGCCGCUCCCGCAGCCGUUCGCGCGAGAGACGCCGCCGCUCGCGCUCCCGCGAACGCCGCCGCGAGCCCCCCCGCAACUCGCGCUCCGGCCGCUAC